AUGGGUCGGCUCGACCGGAGUGAUACCACGGCCUCACAGAAUACCGGCGUAAAACAACCACAGCGUUGUGUUUUACCGUCCAAGAUACUUACUGACCUCGCUCGCACUGAACGAUUUAUUCACGGGAAUCUUGAUAGCUCCUGUCGCCCUGCUCCCAGCUUUAUACAAGUGCUGGCCAUACGGAGAGAUAUUCUGCCAAAUACAGGCUCUAUUGAGAGGGGCUGUGAGUCAACAGAGUGCGGUAAUUCUGGUCUGCAUGGCUAUCGACAGAUAUUUGUACUUGUUGCAUCCGGACACCUAUCACAAACAUUCGAGCAAAAAGGGUUCCAUGUCAGUAAAACUAGAGGAAAAUGUGACCCCGAACCUUUGAGGCCCAAUGGAGUGCCAGUGCCUUGUGCGAAGACAUCACAUGGAGAACAUGAAGUUGUGAUUCAAGCGCCAGUGAGACCACACAGCGUGAGCACAUCACGAACGAUGGCAGCAAUGUCAUUAGGUUUCAUCGUUAUGGUCACUCCGGCUACUAUACAGGAAGUGGUUGCGGCUUGUACCGGCUGCAAGGUAUGCUGCCGUAGACCAAAAUCUUUCCCAAGCUACGAGAAACCUACAACGGGAUGUUGUGGUUCACCCGUUACAUCUGACGGACUACAUUCAAAAGGAGAAUUUGAAGGACUCGGUGAAAAAUAUUGGGGCGAGAUAUUAGAACGCACUGUGUCAUCGUCUUCACUGCAUGCUAUACAAAAAGCUUGCCAUCGAGAUCCACUCCGAUGUUCCGGUUCUUUCAAAGGCUGCUCAAGUAGUGCUUGUAAACAAGACCCUAGAUUCUUUGAUGGCUAUGGCCCUACAGAUUACAGACAGCUCGACAGAUCAGCUUUUCAAAUUGAAUCUUGUUCACGUCAAUGCAGAUUGAAAAACUCGGACAUGUGUUUAUUCAGACCAAGCCCUGGCUUGGAGUGUGGCCGCUCUCGUUCCAACUUAAGCUUAGAUGAAGGCAACUUCAACAAGACUUGUAAUGGUAGGCAUCCGGAAUUGUGA